UGUUAAAGUAGUUAUUAAAAUAAUAACAUAUAAACGACACAGGAUUAAAAUAAAACAAUAAUAUUUCUGAUGUGACUUGAUGUGUAUGCUCAAGACGAGCCAAAAUUUUUAAAAAAAUAUUUCACGAAACAAAAACAAAACAUAAAAUUACUUAACAGAGGGGAUUAAAUAAAAGCUAUCGGAAUAAUAUUUUAGAUGAGUGUCAUCGUAAGGAGAGUGUAAUGACGUCUGACAUGAGGAAGUGAUUGUUUAAACCAAUAUCUGUGUUUGCUGUGAAAUGUUCCGUUGCUCUGAUCUCGUUCUCUCACUCUCUGGUGCUAUAGUUCCUGGAAGUUUGUGAUCGGCUGUUCGCACAUGAUAAUCUCUUGUCAUUGUGAUAACCGUUUCACUGUAAUCACACUGAUAAAACAUUAACGUGACAAACUUUAUUUACGUCUGCUGCGGAAAAACAAUUUUUUUACGUCUGCCCGCAAGAACUGAAAAUUUAGUGAUAGCAUUCAUAUUUUGUAAUUUUUUUCAUUGCCGAUUUUUUUUUUCUCUUGUGAAAUUUUAUAAAAGUUUUAUACCCAUACUGUAUGAGUAAGGCAAAAUUCACUGAGAGAAGAAAGUUUUAUUGGAGAGUUAUUUUAUUUUAUCCUGAAAGAUUUAUAUUUACUUUACUGUAUGUGUGUUGAAAAAGACUUGUGAAGAAAAAUAAUAAUAAAUAAGGAUUUAUUUGUCUUGUGAUAUGAUCAAUUUGACAGCAUAAUGCCUGAAAGUCCAGAGACAAAAGGUCAAGGUCACACACCAAUAACCUCCCCAACUCCAAUGGCUGGAGGAGUUGUGCCCAGUCUACGAGAGUCAUCGAGACCGCACUCUAAUAACAACGCAGGAGAACAUUCUCCAGUCCCUGCGGGAUUGAUGAACGGUAGGAUGCAGACGUCACCGACGGUUCAGAUGUCAUCGAGUCAACAGUUACCGCCAGCCUGUGGGGCACGACAACUCAGUAAGCUGAAGAGGUUUUUAACAACCUUACAACAGUUUGGUUCUGACAUAUCGGCAGAAAUUGGCGAAAGGGUUCGAGCCCUUGUGUUGGGAUUAGUAAAUUCCCAUCUUUCUAUUGAAGAAUUCCACUCCAAACUGCAGGAGGCCACAAACUUUCCACUACGACCAUUUGUAAUACCUUUCCUCAAGGCAAAUCUACCAUUGUUACAACGAGAACUGGUUCACCUAGCUCGAAUGGCAAAGGAGACUCCACAAAACUAUCUCGCCCAGAAUGAACAUAUUCUGUUCAAUGCAACACAAUCUCCAAUUGAAUCUCAGGACAAUUCCGCCCCACAGAUAAAUGAAAAUGGAAAACGAUUGUCCCCUGAAACACGAGGGCAUGAAAAUGGCCUAGACCCCCUCCCUGCUAAACGACACCAGCCCACAAGUCCACAUGGACCGAACAGAAUCAGUCCAAAUGGCAUUUUAAAUCUUUCAAAUGGACCAAUCAGGUUGGAGGAUAUAAGUAUCUCGAGAGAACUCAGGGAACGGGAAAAAAUAGAGCGUGAACGUUUAGAAAAAGAACGGACUGAUCACAGAGACAGAGAUUUUGAUAGAGAGCGGCAUUUUCCAUCGUACAAUUUUGGUCGCUCUGAAUCUUCAUUUGACCCACUUGAAAGGUUUGAUGAUGAUUGGAGACACGUAGAAACUAUGUUAAACUGCAUUAUUGGAAUGGUGGAUAAGACCCGCCGGGCAUUAUCGGUCCUCCAAGAGCGUAGCUUACGAGAUCGUGAAGAACUCUCUAUGUGGAUGAGACGAGGCGGUGGUGAGGAUGCCGAUUUGAAAAAACGCAAUCCUGAAUCUUGGUUAAACAUGAGAAAUGCAGAUGAAAGAAUUUCCGAUGUACGACGACGUGCAGAAGAGGCUGUACAGGAAGUUAAGAGACAGGCGAUGUUAGAGUUACAUAAAGCAGUUGCUGCAGCUGACACGAAAGCGAAUGAAAUGGUCAGUCAGGAGCGCGCAAAGAUGGAGCGCACUGUUCAAGAUAUUCGGAAGCAGACGCGAGAAGAGGUGAUUAGCAGCAUCAAUCAUCAGGAAGAAAGUAGUGAGAGUUGCUGGAAUUGUGGCAGGAAAGCUAGCGAGACUUGUAGUGGCUGUAACACGGCUCGAUACUGCGGCAGUUUUUGCCAACACAAAGACUGGGAGAAUCAUCACCACGUUUGUGGUAAAGCAUCAUUAUCAACCCUGUCACAGACACGGGACACGCCCCCACAAACUGUAUCCCUAUCUUCCCCACAGGUUCCCAGCAGCCCUCAUCCUCAUAAUUCCCCGAGCCCAGCUAACUCAGUAACUUCUGUUAAAUCGGUGUCAAGGUCAAGCACGCCAGCAGACGUAAAGCAGACGGAGGCUCGAGCUGCAGAAGUUAGCCGUUAGGCAGACGCAAAAAAUAUUUUGGCCUAGAAAUACUAUUUCUUUCACAUAUUGACUUGAAUUCAUUGAAUGUUGUUUUGUUAUUAAUGUUUUUUUGUGUGCUAAGAUCUUUAUUGAAAUGAAAUUAAGAGUGUCAUUUCAAAAAAAUCAUAUUCGCACUGAACAGUUGUCAUGUGAUAUUUUAUUUUUUUCAUUAUUGUCUUUGUCUGGAGAUAAGAAUUGAAUUAUUUACUCUUUAAAUUAACAGGAUUCUGUUGAAAAUGUUUUUGUUGUUUUAUGCAUACUAAACAAGGGAAAAACUGUUAAUAAAUUAAGCAUAAUAUUCAGUGCAUGUAUAUUAAUGAUGAAAAUUAAAGGAGCUCCACUGAGGUCAAAAAAUUUGAAAGUCUUACACAGAUUGAAAAGCACUUGUAUUGGAAAAAUCUGAAAAGGCCAAUCAAAAAUCAGCUAAGCAUUAAAAUAAAAAUCAUUUUUUUGUGCAACUUUAAGUUUUUGGGUCAUUUUGCACUAUUAAAAAAGUUGAUUUUGGAAAAACAGGGUGAGCAAAUGAUAUGAAAAUUUGCACAUAAGUUAGUCCAGACCUUCAUCAAAGGAUGCAGAAAUCUCAGAAUAUAAUUUCCAAUCCUGUCAAGUGGAAAAACCUCAGUGGAGUCCCUUUAAUAAUAAUUUUUAUGAGAAUAUUAAAAUAUGCCGGGUUAGAGUGCAAAUGAUAUUUCUAGUUCUAAGUAAUAGACUGAAACCAAAUAGAAUUCUAUAGAAAUGAGAUUUAGCUCAAAGUAUAGUGGGGUUUUUUUUCAUCUAAAUUAACAUAAUUUUCUCAUAUGUUUAAAAGAAGAGUUUUAAAACCUUUUUUUUCUGUUUGUUAAUAAUAAGAUUUUAAUGGUUGAUUCAAAUUUGUCUGUGUUAAGUUGACCACAUUUUUUAAAUAAUUUCUACUAAUGCUUGAAGUUGACCUAUAUAAAGGAGUUGUGUAAAUUCUGGCUAGAUUCUUUGAUAACAAAAAGGGAAAGACUAUAUAAUAAUUGCGAGAUGAAAAUAAUAGAGCAAUAACUCUGGAGGUUCCUAGUUAAGACUUUCACGAACAGAAAAAAAGAUUUCAAAGGACAAGAAAAAUAUAUCAUAUCUAUUGAACUUUAAGAGGUUUAAGUUAUCUUAUGAAUAGGUAAUAGCCAGUGUGCUCUCUGUAAGUCUGUUUUGGAAUAGAGAUUAAGUGAUCGCAAAAGACAAGAAAAGUAUUAUAGCAAUGAGACGUAUUGUAAUUUUUUAAUGAGUGUACAAGUGUUUUGGGGUAGAGAUUAUUUUUUUGCAUAUUUUGUAAACAAGUUGUGGAGUAGAGAUUAUUUUUUUUGUCUCGUCUGUUUUUAACUUUUCAAUGUUUGAUCUCAGUUUUAAUUAAGUUAUAAUUUGAGCCAUGUCACGACAAAACCAACGUUAUGCGUUUGCAACCAGCAUGAAUCCAGACCAGCUUGCACAUCCGCGCAGUCUGAUCAGGAUUCAUGCUGUUCGCUUACCAACUCUAUUACAAGUAGAGAAACUGAUAGCGAACAGCAUUGAUCCUGAUCAGACUGCGCAACUGCGCAGGCUGGUCUGGAUCCAUGCUGGUCACAAACCCAUUAUGUUGGUUUUGUUGUGACAUGGCUCAAAUUUUUUCUUCUAUUGGUUUAGUCUUGUGUUUAGUUUGCAUGGUGAAUUUUAUUAGACAUUGUCUUCUGGUGUACUUUAUUUCUGGUUGCUAGGGUUUUUUGUCUUGGUGAAGUAGGUAGGUCUGUAUACUGUACUUGGUCUGUAAAAUUUGUAAAUCUCAAUGAUUUAUUAAUUUAGUAUAGUUUGGUAAUCUUUCAGAUUUUUUAUUGUUUUAAGAAACGAGAGCUUUGUUAAUGAAUUCAAGUGUAUCUUAAAAUCACAAUGCUAAACUUUCACCCAUUUGCCUUCUUAAUACAACAAGAAAGAACAAGAAAAAAGUAGAAUUAUGGAGUUUGAUGUAUUUUUCAGGAAUUUUUUAUGGUUCUUAAUAAAAAUAACAAAAACAUGGGUAUUGUUUGAGUUAAUUUCAGGUUUUGAAAAAAUAUUGAUGUAUUGAAAAUGAACUAAUCUAGUUGACUCUUAAUAAAAAAUAAAAUCCGCCAUUGGGGAAUAAAAGCCCCCCACUUUUCGGCCUUGUCUCCCGAUCUCCUGCCGUGGGAUCGAAUUCCAAACAUUUUAGAUAACAAAUUAGAAUUACUUAUCUGGUUAACAGUAACAUCGCUACAUUAAAGGUUAAUUGCAUUAGAUUACAUGUAGUUGGGAUUUAUAGAGAUUCUUUUCCAAACUUAACGUUUAAUUUUAGUAAUAUAUUUUAAUACUUCAAACAAAAUGCUUUAAAUUUUUUCAACAAUUCCAUUUUAAAUUUAUACAAUGUUGACGUAGUUUAUUGUGAAAAAAAAAUAUGUUCAAACAAACAAUAAUAUAACAUGUUCAAAAUAUUUUCUUGAAAUUUGUUCAAAAUGUAUUUAUAUACAAUAAAUAUUUUUGUUCAAUGAAUAAUACUUUUAACUUGGGACCUUUAAGAAAAUUUCAGCUAAUAUUUAUACACCUUCUGUCCAUUAGGACUCUCAUUUGAGGACUUAUAUUAAAAUCAUUUUCAGACACAAAAUGAUGCAAGAUACAUUCUAAUAUUUGUUAAUUCUGUAUGAUUUUUAUUUUUUGUUAUGAUGUAAUGCAUUUAUGCUGGGAUGUGUACAUGUAUGAUGCAAUUUCUGUUCAAAAUUUUAGUUUUGUUUUUGUUCUUUUUUUUUUCUUUCACAUAUAUUGUUACAUUGUUCAAAUGCACUGUUCAGUUUAUUUGUCACGUAAUUCUGUGCCAGGGCAAAAGCAGAAUAUCUAUAUUUCAUAUUUUGUAACCAGGUAGACUAGUUUUGCUCCGACAUGUUGAUAUUUUAAUAUUGUACAAUUGUUCUUGUUGAAUUGCAAAAAGUGCUACAGUUUAUAACAUUUUUUGUUUUGUCUUAUGAACAGAAAUCGGUUAAAAACAGAAAAUUGUUGAACUCCUAAAUAUUGUUACACUGUGGAUUUUCUUCUUUUUUUUUCUUCCUUAUCUUUUUCUUUCUUCAAUUUCUACCUCUGUAUAAAUUUUUGUUCUAUUUUCUUUCUUACUUUAUCUUCACUUUGGAUAUCUCCAAAAAUUUGAUUAUGAACACUUCCAGAAAUGGGAGCUGGACCUGUCCAUUCAAGAAAUAUAGCCAGGGUCUUUCAAAAUACAAUAUAGGAAUUAAAGACCCUGAUUUAGCAUAUUUAAGGGUAAAAAACAUUAUUUUACAAAGAAUUUUUUUUUUAAAGUUAGUAAGGGGUACUUUAGUUUUAAUAAUGUUUUAGUGUGGGAUUUUUGUGACUUUCACUUUAAUUGAGCCGUGUCAUGACAAAACCAACGUAAUGCGUUUGCAACCAGCAUGGAUCCAGACCAGCCUGCGCUAAUGCACAGGCUGGUCUGGAUCCAUGCUGGUAUGUUGGUUUUGUCAUGACGCAGCUCUUAUAUAUUGUUACAAUCACAGUGAUACAUGUAUGGUAGUUUAUAUAUUGGUUAUUCUAUAGCAUGUAAGUAUAGCAAGCAGUACAGAAGUGAACUAUUUUACCCUUGAACCUGCUGAAUUUAUGUUAUGGGUUUGCCCUGCUUUGAAUUUGGAACAGUCCAUUUGAAUUUUAAUGUAUUUCAAUAUCAAAAUUCAAACAUUGAGCUACCAACAGUGUAGUGCCUGUAGUGCGACUGCAGAGAUGUGUAGGCUGUCCCUCGAUAGUCAAGACUGCAAAGAAGUGCAGGCUGACCUGACUAUAAUCAAGACUGCACAGAUGCCCAGGCUGGCCUGGCUAUAGUCAAGACUGCACAGAUGCCCAGGCUGGCCUGGCAUUAGUGAAGACUGUACAGAAUUCCAGGCUGACCUGGCUAUAGUCAAGUCUGCACAGAAUUCCAGGCUAGCUAUAUAUGGACUGUUGAGAAUUCCAGGCUGGCUUGGCUAUAGUCAGACUGCACAUAAUAUCAGGCUGGCUAGACUGGCCUGACAAUAGUCAGACUGAACAGAAUUUCAGGCUGGCCUUGCUAUAGUUGGACUGCUGAGAAUUCCAGGCUGGUCUGGCUAUAGCCAGACUGCACAUAAUUCUAGGCUGCCCUGGCUAUAGUCAGACUGCUAACUGGUGGCUUAUGCAGAUCACUUGCAGGUCCAGCAGGGUUUGGGUUAAAUAUAGAACUUCUCACUUUAAGUGCACCAUAUAGAAAUUUGUUUCCUUAUUGUAAGGGCAUCAACAUAAAAUGUUACUUAUUCUUGAUAAGCUUAAUAAAAAUGUUUUAUUUUGAAUAAAAACUGAAGAAUAUUAUUAAACAUAUAAAAGAAUUAUGUCCACACAAAAUUUUGCCUAGUAUUUUAAACAAAAUGAAGACAAGAGAUCUUUUGAUUUGAUUUUUGUGCCAUUUGAUCAUCGCAUAAAUGGUCACUUAUAAAUAUUCUGUUUUAGACCAAGAUGAAAUUAUUCAAAUUACAUUUUAGAAUAGGUUAUCCGAUUGGGUAACUUGAUUUGAUAAUGACCAAUGGUAGAGGAGCUUUAAUUUCAGUUUAAUUUUGAGGCUUUGGUACCAUUUUAUUUUUAUUAUUUUUAUUGAAAUUUAGUUACAAUAGAGUAAGUUUUACACAAAAUCCUGAAUUGAAAACAUUAUAACCCUAGCCUAUGUUGAAAUUAUUCAAAUAAAAUUUUAGACCAAUCCACAGCUUUAGCGCCCGAGAAGAUGUGACUGAUUUGAAAAUUGAGAAAUGGAAGAGCUUUUAAUUUCAAAAUAUGUACCCAUUUUGUUAGAUAAGAUCAUUGGGCACUGAUAAAAUAUCACAAUAUUGUUCUUUAUUCCAGUAAAACAAAAGUUUUACUGUUAGGGUAAAAGAAAUUUUCAUUAUGAAUUAUCUCGUAAAGUAUUUCAUUACGAUGUUGUUGUCAUUAUUUUGUGUAUGUGGUCUUCACAUAUUAAAAAAAAUAAAAUACUCAUAACAAAA